CGUCAUGGUCAUGAGGAUAUCCCCCGUCGCGAGGAUAUCUCUCGCCAUGCACGUGUCUUCGUCCGAGGAUCUCUCCCGUCUGCGGAUUUCGCUCGCUCACCGAAAGCACGUCGGUACCGUCUCGAUGCUCUUCAUUCCAGUGCUCGCGACGAUAUGCAACGGCUCCGAUGCGGCCAUCACGCCGCGGUCGAGCAUCGCUCAAGGAUCGGACUCCUCCCUAGGUGACGAAGAGAUCACAUCACGCAGUUUCCUGUGCCGCCGUCGUUCACGCGUCCGCCGUCGGGUCUGCUGUCGCCGAUUGAGAUCAGCGCGACUGGCCCUCUCAUGGCGUUCUUGUCCCCGGAGCGAGGCGGCUCCGACUUGCAGCGCGAGGACUCGAUCGACUCCGGGUUCGCGGAAGGCUGCUUCGUCCCGGCCACGUUCCUGACUUCGCCUCCGCGGAGUCCCCGGCGCAUGUCUACGUUCUCCAUCCUGUCAUCACCAUUUGGCUCGCCGACGAAGCGCAUGCGCCUCGUCGGCGAGGAGCACCACCACACGCCCGGGUUGGCCGACUUCUUCUCCCCGGCUUUCAGCGCGGGCGCGAGCCAGUUUGAGGACGCAGACGAGAGCAGGGUGCAGUACUCGGACGUCGAUUCGCGCCCCCCGUCGGCGGAGGGCGAGCAGGCGAGAGUCCGAUCGUCGGGAAGUCCAGUGGAGAGGCCGACGAGGACCGCUAGCGACUGUGAAGGUGAACACGCUCUCGCCCGCGGACUCGCCAGAGCCGCCCGCCGGCCGUCGGUGGUCAUAGAGGGCGUGAGCCCUGUCAGGAACGACGGAUUCCACGACUUCUUCGACAGGUACGUCCUAGGGCAGCCCUCCGAGGACAGCCACAUCUCAAGUGACGAGUACUCCGUGGCGCCAUCCACCGUAUCCACCGUGCCGACGCCCUCGUCUCUCGAGACUCCCGGCUCUGGGUCGCAUGUCUUUACUGCGCCUCCGCGAAUCUGGACCCCCGGUGCGGACAGCGACUAUGCGUCGCCCCUGCCGUCGCCCUUCGAGGAUCGCCCUCCGCGUGUGUUCUCGAAUCCCGCGAAGGGCAAGUCCUUGGAGCCCCAAGCGAAAUGGGAGCGGCGCGCGUCGACGCGGGUGCCCCUAGCGUGGAGGCAGUCGUCUUCCAGCGGGUCGCUCAGUCGCGCGAGCUCGCUGAGGCAGUCGAGGGUAGGCCGGCCACGGCCGCCGGCGCUGACUGGCUUAAACGCGACAUCGCAUGACAGGGCGCCGUCCACGCUGAAGGAGAGUGUGAGUGCCGAGGGCACGCAUGUAUCGGAGGGCGCGGACGUGCUGCAUAUUUCCCCUGAGCACUCGGCGCCUUCUGUCCCUGGGUCUUCGCGACUAAAACCUUUACGUUUGUCAAUGAUCCUGAGCGCGUCGAAUUCUGCGUCUGCAUCUCCGUUGUCCCCUUCGUUCCAAUCAUCAUCUGGAUUAGAGUCAAGCAAUAGCAUUCCUCCUCUCACAACUGGUACAACUGCAUACACCCCAUCAUCGCCGACUGUAUCAUCAGACUACUCUCUAUCUAAUGCUCGAUUGCUCUCAUCUCGUCGAACAAGUCUCAUACCACCUCGCACUCGCAAUACCCUACUUAUUGACAGCACGUACGCUCCUUCGCAUGGCAUUUCUUCCACACCCGUCUCCGCACCCAUCUCGAACGCGCAGUCAUGGCAUACCCACAAGGGUUCCCGCGCGUCGAUUGUGUCGCACCGGCAUUCUUACAUCGAGAGACACCCUCCGGGUCCACGCCCAACCUCAUCCCUGUCACACGCCGCCCCUGUGAGCCCCUCACCGCCCUCGCCCAUACACGCGAUCGCAACGCCCCGCCCGACGCUACUCUUCGCGCUCGCGAGCGACAACAUCGACGAAGUGAAGCGCGUCCUCGACAGCGGUGAAGCGGGCCCGAACGACGACGUUGGUCCACAAAGCGCGCUCGCGUUCACGCUCACGGCACGACAGCUGAAGCACCGGCAGGAGAUGGUGAAGCUUUUGCUGGCGCACGGUGCAGACCCCGUCGCAGCGAGGCAGGCCAUCAUGCCCAGCCGACCUACGAGCACGGGCUCAGGUACAGGUGAGAGCAGCGGCGACGACCCGCUGCCGGACCCGCUCGAGGAGCUGGACCACGCGACGAAGUAUUAUAUCAAGCGCGCGGAGGCGCCGCAGACGCGCCGCGCGUCCGCACUCAUCCACCGCUCGUUCUUCCGGCCUCUGGCCCGUGUACGAUACGACCUGAUUGGGCAGGACCGCGCGCUCGAGCAGCUGUUCCGCGUCCUCAGCUUGCCGACGAUGGCGCCCGUUGUGGUCCUCUUCUGCGGCCCAGUGGUCAUGUUCGGCUCGUUGCUCGAGGUGCCCACUCAUACUGUGAAUAUGACCACGCUCCGUGACACGCAUGAUAUAUGGCGAAGCUACUCCAUGAGCCCGUAUGAGGCCCCAUCUACUUGUACACUGGCAGAUUUUCUCAUCGCCAACGAAGGGCGGCGUUGUGUCGUUGUAUUGGAUGAAAUCGAGAAGUCGCCAAACGGGAAGGUUUUGAGCUCAUUGCUUAUGCCUUGGGAGCUCGGCCGUUGCUCGUUCGAAGCUGGCCACCGGCACGUAGAUGUCUCGCAGGUUAUUUGGCUUGGGACGUCGAACAUCGGACAUGAUCUGGUAUUCGAACACCAAACGAAGCGGCAAGACCCCGAGGCGCCGAUGUCACGCGAGGACUACGUUGACCUCAUGGCCCUGCUACGACCUUGCGUGUCCCAGCGCCUAGGGGCCUCUUUGCUUUCUCGCGUCACGACUGUGCUCCCUUUCAUCCCAUUCACGACCGAGGAAAAGUUGGCAAUUGCAGCGGAAGCGCUGCACUCCUUGACUAGCGAGGAGACAGAGUUGCCACCUGCGACGAUCGACAUGAUUGUGCGGAAUUCUCUGCACACGUACAUCCCGGCGGAAGGCGCUAGGUCUCUCUACCGUGCUGUAUCUAACUUGCUGCUGGAUACUAUUUGAAGACAUAGUUAUGACUGCAA